AUGGAGAGUGUAAAUGACGACGAAUUCCCCAUUUACACCAUAACGGAAAUAAACCAACAGACUAACCCCAAUGAGUUCUACUCGAACAUAUCGAAAAAGCUAGUAAGACGCUAUAUUGAUCCCAUAAGCAUGGUCACGGGCUACAAGUUCCCCAUUAGAGACUACCACAAGGGCGGAAUUAAAACCAAAAAGGUGUCGUUGAUGUUUAUUUGUUGCCAGGAUAAGACCAAACAACGCAAAUCUCGCAGUAAGCAGCACAAGCGAGUCAGCAACAAAUUGAAAAUCUACAACUGCUUCUCCAAAGUAAAUCUCAACUACGACCUAUUGAUCGGUGGUGUAACCAUUGCAUACACUCACAAAUGCCACUCAAACAACGCUGUAGACUACGACGACCCCUCAGACCACCCAGAUCUUAGAAGUGACAUACACGCACAAAUACGAAAUGAUCCUGGCCACUCCAACGACGAUUUAAAAGAACCUGGGGAACUAGACCACUUCAACGACUCAAUCCAGUCAAUAGCGGCUGCUGCGGUCGAAAACAAAUUCAUAAACAUAGAUGAUCGCUUAAUCAACCACUAA